AUGACAGCUGAUACCACCAGCUCGACGGAGUCCAACCUGGAUGUUCCUCAUGAGAAGGUCACCGUGGAUGAUCCGGCGGCCUCUCCAGAAAGCAGCGAUGAGGGGAAAGACGAUGGAGAGAAGUUGACUAGUCUUCAGAUAUUCCUUCUGGUACUAUCUCUCAGCAUCUCGACCUUCAUUGCGGCACUCGAGCAGACAAUCGUGUCUACCGCCGCACCCUCCAUUUCGAAAGCCUUCAACAGCAGCGAGUUAGAAUUUACAUGGAUUGGAACUGCAUAUCUGCUCCCGGCUGCGGCUUCCACCCCGCCGUUUGGCAAGAUCAGCGACAUCUUCGGUCGCAAGCCAAUUCUACUCCUAGCUAUCUUUAUUUUCUGGAUCGGAUCGCUGAUCGGAGCGUUGGCAGUCAAUAUAGACAUGUUGAUCGCUGGCCGUGUUAUCCAGGGUACGGGUGGAGGAGGCAUCUUGGGUCUAUCUGCUAUAGUGAUCGGAGAUGUCUUCAGUCCACGCGAUCGAAGCAAGUAUUAUGGCGUCCUGGGUGUAGUGUGGGGUUUGGCCUGUGGCCUGGGACCCAUUAUCGGCGGCGCAUUUUCGGGCUUCGUGAGCUGGAAAUGGUGCUUCUGGAUCAAUCUACCAAUUGCUGGUUUGGCUGGGAUAUUUGUGUUCUUCUUCCUCCGGGUUGAGACGCCCAAGACGCCCAUCGUGAAAGGCUUACUGGCCAUGGACUGGCUCGGCACCAUUGCUAUUGUCGGGGCGACUGUCAUGUUCUUGCUGGGCCUAGGAUACGGAGGAAUCGCUUACCCCUGGGGUUCGGCGACGGUGGUCUGCCUCAUUGUAUUCGGAAUCGCCACAGUCUUCGUGUAUGCGCUUAUCGAGUGGAAGGUGGCCAAGUAUCCCGUCACUCCAUUGCGCCUGUUCAAGUCGACCUCGAACGUGGCCACCUUCGGUAUCGCGUACAUCCACGGCGCCGUCUACAUCGCUAAUCUCUACUAUCUACCGCUAUACUUCCAAACCGUUCUGGGCGCGAGUCCCAUCCUUUCAGGAGUCUAUCUCCUCCCAGUCGCCAUCACACUCUGCGUGGUAUCCAGUCUCACAGGUGUCUACAUCAGUAAAACAGGCCGGUAUCGGCCGCCUAUCUACUUCGGACUAGUCUUCAUGAUCCUCGGUCUAGGUCUUUACAUCAAUCUCCAGUCCUACGCCUCAUGGCCCCGCAUCAUCAUCUUCCAGAUCAUCUCCGGAGUCGGUUUAGGACCCGUCUUCCAAGCCCCUAUCAUCGCGAUCUUCAGUCUGACCAAACCAGCGGAUAUCGCCAGCGCCGCUGCAACAGUCUUCUUCGCGCGCGACAUCGCCACAGCCAUGUCUAUUGUCUUUGGCGGGGUGAUCUUCCAGAACCGUAUCGCCGGACAAGAGGAUCAGCUCCGCGCUGCGCUGCCGGAGGAGUUGGCGACAAAGUUUACCUCUGGUGGAGCGACUACCUCCGCGGAGUCGAUUACAUUGUUAAACACGGUGCAGAGGGAUGUGGUGACGAGCGUCUAUAAUAAGAGUCUCCAGGCGGAGUGGAUCUUUUAUACGGCUCUGUCGGGUGUGGCGCUUCUGUUGAGCUUGUUGAUAAGCAAGCAGGUGCUUUCGCGCGAACAUAAGGUGAACAAGACCGGUUUGGAUGUGCAGGAGGCGUCGAGGUUAGAGGAAUUAAAUAAAGAGAAGGAGAGGGGGGUAGAUGAUUCAGCUGCGUGA